GGUUAACUCGGCUGUCUUCGUAAAACCACGUGACUUAGGCCAUGCUUCGACUGUGCCUACAUGAGGUAAACUCACAUGCUGGCUAACUGCGAGAGGAGAGGACGCUAAAACGAUCGUCUGACAUACACUGAAAAUGUCUGGCGCCAAAGUGAAGAUGCGGGAGAAGAAGAUGAGGAACCAGCCUCUCAGUGUGCAGUACCCGUCUGCUGCUAUGGAUGCAGGGAGCAGCACCCAGAAUGGACGGGGCACCUCGACCACUGAUAGACAGGGGCCUGCCCAUCACAGGGGUGGAUGGUUGCGUGGACACCAGAGAGACAGAGGGGGCUACGCUAAGGAAAUGCCCAGACACCUGACCGGUGGUUAUUUUGCCAAGGCCAGGGCUGCAGAGGUGAGCGCUAUGUUGAAAGCUGUUAAGAAGACAACAGGCAGCUGCCACGUGUUCGGAGCGCUGCCCAAACACAUGAGGCGACGCUCCAUGAGCCACAACAUCAAGCGGCUUCCUCACAGACUGAGAGAAGUGGCCAGUAGAAUGCGAGAAAAGAGCCUCCAGGCUGGAGCGAAGAAGAAGGAACAGACGAAGAGCAAGAGCCGCAAAGCACGGCGUCGGCACGGCAACCUGCUGCUGGAGUUUAACCGGCGUCAGAGGAAGAACAAGUGGCUGGAGACGCACAUUUGGCAUGCCAAGCGCUUCCACAUGGUGAAAAAGUGGGGUUACUGCCUUGGGGAUAGACCCACGUGUAAAUGUUACCGCCCCUGCUACAGAGCCAUGAGCAGCCACUGUUUGUUGCAGGAUCUCUCGUACUACUGCUGCAUCGAGCUGCAAGGAGAGGAGGACAGGUUACUGGCAUCUCUAUCCCAACUAACAAGCAAGGAGACUGGUCCCACAUUUUCGGCAGCGCUGUGCGUAUCGGGGCGUAGACAGGGCAGCGUGGUGAUGUACAGAGCCGAACGUUAUCCCUCACAGGCCCUGGGCCCUGUCAGCUUUCUCUGGAGACCCCGUAAGCAAGGCUCUACACACAGACAGCUGUGGAUCUGGGCUCAUCCCACUAUGAAACAGGAACUUCUCUCUGAAUUACAAACUGUAUGCCAGUGCUUCGAGGCUGUGGUCACACCAGUUGUGCCAGUGGUAUUGCCGCCCACAAAGGUUGUUUCCACCCUGGAACUGGAACUUAAAGCUGAUGAGACCCCCGAGGCCACACAGGUACCCAGGGCUAAAAGAAAGCGCAGCUGUAAGGAUGUUGCUGAACCUCCCGCUAAGAAGAUCCUGGGGGAUGGAACCAGGUCCCCCUCUACCCCCAUCAGCUGGAAGUCCAGCUCAACAGGAAUAGUCAUAAAUGAUCUCACCAUGGAGAUUGUGCGCUAUCGCCUGAUUGGACCACAUUCCCAUUCUGUGCUGACUGAAACCUUGGAUGCUGCUACAGACUGCAAUGAAAUCACCAAAUCCCAUCCCUCCUCCCUCUGGUGGCCUGAGCACUGCAAAGACGAGAGCAAGAUGACUCUGCACCAACAGCAAACAGACAUCUUUCACACACUGAAAGGCAUCUAUUCAUCUGCAGAGCUCCCCUCAGGCACUGUACUGGGCCUGACUGUAGAUGACCCCAGGCUGACUUUACCCACAAAGAAGGUUAAAGCUUUGCCCUGUGUGAAGAAGGCACAAGAGGUAGAUGAAGAAAAGAGGAGGGAGCUGAUGUUGCGUGGCGCACCAGAGGACUGCUGUCAGAGUUUCCUGUGGGAACAGUCUGUGCGGGACAACGUCACUGAAAACAAGAUAUCAGAGCAGGAGCUGAACCGCAUGAGGAGCGAGGUGCUGGUGCCGGGCACCCGGCUGCGCCCCACUCCCCUGCAGGGCCGAGUCCCCGUCCUACUGGUUCACCAGCCUGGCAAACAAGUGGGACAUGAGAUGAGCUCCUGGGGGGCUGGCUGGGACCUGCUGCUACCUAAAGGCUGGGGCAUGGCCUUCUGGGUCCCAUUGGUAUACAGAGGCGUUCGCAUUGGUGGUCUAAACAUGAGUCUGAAACACUCUCAGAAUAAAGGAGCACCCCACUUCCCUCAUGAUUACCCAGACUGCCAAGCAGGCGUUCGUUUCCAGGAGGAGCAGGAGGCUGAGCUUCUCAACAAGUUCAAAAGGCGCCCGCCCGCCAAAAGGACCAAUUAUAUCAAACAUGGCUGUCUGGCCCCGUUCCGUUGCCCAUGGCAACAGCUGGUUGAAGAGUGGGAGCUUAUCACAAAGGAAGGAAGAGAGGAGAGGAAAGGAGACAGCCAGACCCCAAAUGUAACGGGCAGUGACACAAUUACUGAGGAGAUGACUUCACCUCCAGAUAUCGGCGUAACAAAACCUCCGAGCCACUUCACUGUGCUGAGGAACCAAAAGUCUCUGAGGAUCCUCUCCCUUUGGUGCAGGCCCUCCACAUCUAAAGGACAGAGACUGUGCCGCGUCAGAGAUGUUGCGCCGCUCGACUCCUCAGCUGUGACAGCGUUUCUCUCGGCGCACACCAUGAGCCUCGUGUGGGUCCGUCUGUCACUGCUGUCGAAGGGCAAACCGGAGCUACAUGGCAUGAUCUGUGCACCGGUUGUAGAAGACCUGAAGCUGCUGGGCAAAAAGGUGGACAUCCAGGGCCCCCAGGAGCCGCCACACAAAAACCAUGUUAAAAGCCUAAUAAAGCGCAAGAAGACGGGCUCCAAGAAAGCAGCUCCAUCCUCUAAGACUGAGGGUAAAGGAUCAGACAACGCUACUGAACCAGACCCCGCUGCUGCAGCUGAAGGCCUGAAAACAUCCCCUGAGUCCUCCACAGAUGCCACCCUUGGGCUGUGGCCGGAUCCUCUGCCUAGCAUCACCUCUCACUGCUCCCGUGUGACACUAGGCUGGGUCACACAGGGCGACUUCUCCCUGUCUGCAGGCUGCGGGGAGGCUCUGGGGUUCGUCAGUGUUGCCGGCCUCCUCCACACGCUUCUCAGCCAGCCGAAGGAACACAGAGGAGUGCUGCUAUUGCGCAACCCCACCUCCCUUCAUUACCGCUUUGUUAAAAUCAACAUAGAGGUCUGAGAAAUCUAAGAUGAACUGCAGAAGGACUUGGAUUAAGUUCUGCGGUAAUGGAGAAAGAGCAAUACAACUUUAAUCCUGCAUAGAUAGAGACGCCAUAUGCAAUUAUUGCACAUUAUUCUUCAAUUAAUGGACUGACGGCGAUCCUGUGCCUUUAUUGUGUCAUUUAAUGCUAAAUACAAUCGAGCUGGACAUUAGUGUGGAAUUUUAAACUUUUAGUUGUGUAUAAAUUAUCUUGGGAAGGGACAUGCUCACUAAUUCAGUUGAAUAGGGUUGGUUGUAUUUCUUUCCCAAAACAGAUCAGGUAAAUGAUGGGCAUCAAUAAAAGCCUUGUUUUCAGUUAGAAUUAUUGGGAAUGUUGCAGUUUCCUAAAAGAAGUAACCGAGGUCAUUUUAUAUUUAUGUUGUUAUGAUCAUAACUGGGUCUUCACUUUAGAAAGUUGAGCUUCUGUUAAAUUCCACAGCAGUAAAUGGUUUGAACAUCAGCUAAUAAAAUGCUAAUUGCACUCGA